GCGUCGCUUCAACACGACGUCACUACCAUAGAGCUCUUCUUGUUUUCGUGCUAAAAAAAAAAAGGACGCGAACCUUCGCCGGUAUCGAUCCGAUCGCGACUCGCUUCGUCUUCAUAACUCAUAAUCCAUAACUCAGCCCCCCAGGCACCACGUCUGAUCACGGUCGAAGCCCGUUUUUUUUCCCCGUUCUAAUAAUUCAAAACUUUAUUUAAAACGCGGCUAAUUAGCUUAGCCGCCUUUCGCCCCUUGAUCUCGCCGCUGCGUCACGCUUCGGAUCCGAACCUACAACCCGUUUUUUUUCGCAAAUCCGGACGAAUCUGAGCCCGGAUCUCGCUUCAUAGCAGGACCCCAUGGCGGACCUCGGGGUGUCCCCCGGGGAGCGGGUGCUGCUGGUGUGGGGCCGGGGGGCCCCGCCGGGGGCCCUGAAGGAGCGGGCGGAGUCGCUGGGGGCCGCCGUCGGGCCCCGGGGGAAGGUGUCGGUGGAGAACGCCGAGAUGCUUCUGCAGUCCUCCCACCCGGCGUCCAGCUACGACUGGGUCCUGUCCGGUCUGGUCCGGGGCGGGGCCACCGUCCACAGCACCGACGUGCUAGCGGAGAUCGCCCGGGUGACCAAGCCGGGAGGGCGGGUCCUAAUCGAGGAGCCAAUCACAGGGAGCGAGGAUAGCCGGGUGCGGACGGCGGGGAAGCUGGUGUCGGCGCUGAAGCUCUCUGGUUUGGUCUCGGUGACGGAGCUCCCCUCCUCCCCCCUCUCCCCGGAGGAGCGCUCCGCCCUGCGGGAGGGCGCGGGUUUCCCGGGCGACUCCCUGUCGCGGGCGCGGCUCUCGGCGCGGAAGCCCGGCUUCGAGGUGGGCUCGGCCGCGCUGCUGACGCUCUCCUUCGGGAGGAAGAAAGCGGCAGAGAAACUGGCUCUGGAUCCGGGCGCCGCCAAGAUGUGGACGCUGUCGGCCGCCGACAUGGACGACGAGGACGUGGACCUGCUGGACUCCGACUCCCUGCUGGACGCUGAGGAUCUGAAGGCGCCGGAUCCCACGACGCUCCGGGCGGCGGGGUGCGGGGAAGAAGGGAAGAAGAAGAAGAAGGCCUGCAAGAACUGCACCUGUGGUCUCGCCGAAGAGCUCGAGCAGGAAACCAAACAGAACCAGAAGAAAACCGUCCAGCCGAAAUCCGCCUGCGGGAGCUGUUACCUCGGCGACGCCUUCCGGUGUGCGAGCUGCCCGUACCUGGGGAUGCCGGCGUUCAAGCCCGGGGAGAAGGUCGUGCUGGCGAACGCGCAGCUGACGGACGCCUAGGCACGCCAGCGCCCGAUGCUAACCGCUAACCCCCGACCCCCUGACCCUAAGCCUUAGCCCGUACGCCAACCGUUCACCCAAACCCCUGACCCUAAACCGUAGUCCUAACCCUUAGUCCCUGAUGCUAACCGUUAAGCCUAAGCCUUAGCCCUUAUGCUAACCCCCUAAUGCCAACCGCUGACCCCAACCCUUCACCCUAACCCUAACCGCUAAACCUAACCCUUAAUGGUAACUGCUAACCCCAACCCCUAACCCUAAGCCCAUAUGCUAACCGUUAACCCUAAGCCUUAGCCCUUUUGCUAACUCCUAAUGCCAGCCGCUAUCCCCAACCCUUCACCCUAACCCCUACUGCUAACUGCUAAACCUAACCCCUAAUGGUAACUGCUAACCCCAACCCCUAACCCUAAUCCCUAACCCCUAAUGCUAACCGCUAAUCGCUAACCCCUAACCCCUACCCCUAAGGCUACUGGUAGCUGCUAACCCAGCCCCCAAUCCUGACUCUUAGCCCUUAUGCUAACUCUUGUCCCCUAGCCGCUAACCCUUAAUGCUAACCCCGACCCGCCCUGUCCCCCCCCCCCCCGCUCCGCUGUUUUAAUCUGACAUUCCACGCCCCCUGGACUGCCCCGCCCUGCCUAGGACCACGCCCCCCUUCUCUCAACGCCACGCCCUUCUCCACCCCGAGACCGCCCCAGCCAAUCGCAGGCGGCCCCGCCCCUCCCGUGGGCGCGGCCCCGACUGAAAGAGCGCGCCGAUUCCGAACGCGAAAGAAAAAGGACAGA